CUGUUGCUAUGGCCCUUAACUCCAGCAGCAACAAGUAGUGCAACAACAAUCAUGGCGGUGCAGACCCUGGCUUUAUCCCGUCUGUGUCUCAGGACACAGCCUCGCCUGGUGGCCAGGGCUCUCAGCAGCUUUGCAACGCCUCAACACAAUGAGGUACAAGAGAAGGCUCAGAAAGUCAAGUUCGAUUGGCGUGAUGCACUUAAUCUUGAAAGCCAGUUGACAGACGAUGAGAUAAUGAUCAGAGAUGCUUGCCGCGAUUAUUGUCAAGAAAAACUGAUGCCACGCAUUACAUAUGCAAACAGACAUGAAAAGUUUGACCUUGAGAUUAUGUCAAAAAUGGCAAGUGGGCUAUUGAAAUACCUUCCCAAACUUGCAAAGGGAGAAUUGAUAGGUUGCUUUGGGAUAACCGAGCCAAAUCAUGGAAGUGAUCCAGCCAACAUGGAGACUCAUGCAAAAUACGUUCCAUCUGACAAAGUAUAUGUUCUUAAUGGUUCAAAGACGUGGAUCACAAACUCACCCAUUGCAGAUGUUUUUCUGGUGUGGGCCAAGUGUGAGGAUGGAGACAUACAUGGCUUUAUCCUGGAAAAAGGCAUGCCUGGUCUUGAUUGCCCAAAGAUUGAGGGAAAGUUUUCUCUUCGUGCAUCACCUACUGGCAUGAUCCUAAUGGAUGAUGUUGUUGUACCAGAGAAAAACAUGUUGCCGGGAGUGAAGGGGUUAAAGGGGCCUUUCAGCUGUUUGAACAAUGCACGAUAUGGUAUUGCAUGGGGUGCCUUAGGGGCAGCAGAAUUCUGCUUGGAUGCUGCACGUAGUUAUACACUAGACAGAAAGCAGUUUGGACGUCCUCUGGCAAACAACCAACUCAUACAGAAGAAGAUGGCUGAUGCACUGACUGAAAUUUCUCUAGGCCUUCAAGGCUGCCUACAUGUUGGCCGUCUGAAGGACAAAGGCAAGGUCACCCCUGAGAUGAUAAGUCUUCUGAAGCGAAAUUCUUGUGGAAAGGCUCUUGACAUUGCAAGACAUGCACGAGACAUGCUUGGUGGGAAUGGAAUUUGUGAUGAGUAUCACAUUAUUCGACAUGUUAUGAAUCUGGAAGCUGUCAACACCUAUGAGGGUAGCUUUCAAUAUAGGUUGGGAGGUGUGCUGAUAUCUGGAUCAAUCACACUUCACAGAACAGAUUGGCCUGAGACCCCUGUCCCAGCAACCUCAAUCUGUAACAGACAAUACUGA